AUGUCUGAAAUCCCCGGCCAGGACGAAUACGAGAUCUUCAGUCCGGUACACGAUGUCUAUCCACUGAUUGAUCCCUCCUCGCACUUUGCGCACAAGACCUUCAAGGAUCAGGUCGUGAUUAUCACUGGCGGUUCGGUCGGUAUCGGAUUCACCGCGGCUCUCUUCUACGCUCGGGCUGGUGCUAGGGUUCUCAUCGUCGCUCGCCGCCUCGCGAAUCUCGAGCAGGCCAAGGGAGACAUUGAGAAGGAGAUUCCAGAGGCUCAGAUCCAGGUCAUUGCCGGAGACAUAUCCGAUCCCGAAGUUGGCAAGCGUGCGGUAGCGACAGCAGUGGACGCAUGGGGGAAGAUCGACGUUGUGGUGGCGAACCAAUUUGGUAUCCUGGGUGGUCCAAUCAGCAAGCUCGGAGAGAAGGACCCAACGGCUUGGUGGCACACGCAGGAGGUCAACGUGCGCGGGACUUUGAAUGUCGUCCACGCUGCCAUUCCCGAACUUCUUAAGACCAAGGGGCAAAUCAUCGUGACUACAUCCGCCGCGGCGCAUAUCCGGUUCGCUCCUUUCAUGGACUACAGUAUAAGUAAGCAUACGCUGGACCGCUUCGUCGAGAUCCUCGCACUCGACUACCCGGAGAUCGCGGUCUACGCGGUGCAUCCCGGGUCCAUCAAGACGCCUGGUGGACAAGUCGUUGUAUCAGAUAUGGGCCUAGAGGGGAUGCUACCAAGCCCAGAUACAGUCGAGCUUCCCGCCGCAACAUUCCUAUGGCUCACGGCUCGCAAUGCUGAGUUCCUGAGUGGCCGAUACGUCCAGGCAACUUGGGACUUGAACGAAGUCGUGGCCAAGAAGGAGGAAAUUGUGAGGGACAAUCUCCUCGUUACAAAGCUUGCGGGGCCGGCGAAGUCUGCGUGA